AUGGAACGCGAACAAGAUGAGACGCACACUACUACAACUAUUUUCCCCCCAGCUCGCACGAGUGUGAGAAAGUCGCAUGCCAAAACGAGAACUAGAUGCAAAACUUGCAAAAGGAGGAAGAUCAAGUGUGAUGAGACACGGCCAGCGUGCCGGAAUUGUCUCAAGCACUCCGUCACAUGCGACUUUCAAGCACCUACCACCAGUGCUGUAGGUGCCUCCUUGGAACCAGAAUGCCCUCUUGUCCUAAUUGAUUUGGAACUGCUCCACAAUUUCACCUCGACUACAUUUUGUACUCUCUCCAUCGAUCCAACUCUUCGUACUGUGUGGAAGACAGCAGUAAUCCGCAAGGCUAUAGAUUGCGACUAUGUUAUGCGCUCUAUCCUUGCCGUGUCAGCCAUGCAUCUCGCGCAGUUUAGACCAGAGCGCCGAGAGACAUAUAUGAGACAUGGCAUUCACCACCACCAUCUUGCCAGUAGCGCAGCAACUCGUCUCCUCAAGGAUCCUCUGCCAGAGAAUUGUGAAAACUUGUGGAUUUUUAGUGUCCUAACUAUGUACUUUGCACUAGGGACUCCCAGGUCAUCUAAGACAUCAUUUCUUAUUGGGGAUUCUGGUUUCCCAGACUGGAUUUUUCUCCUCUCGGGGGUCAAGCAUCUCCUCAUGCUUAUCCAACAAACCACCAAGUCGGGAAUUCUUUCGUCCUUUAUCAACCACAGCACUGCCCGUUGGAUCGCCUCUCACGAACCCCAGCAUGAAAGGUCCACUAUCAUAGACCUGCUACAGGAAAGAGUGACGUCGUCAGUGACUGACGAACAUGAGUUAAGUAUCUAUAGACACGCCAUUCACGAACUGCGGUGUCAACUAAGCUUUUCACUUGCAUCCAAUACAAAGGCGUUGGAUAUUAUGGAUGCAUUUGUUUGGCAAUUCGAAGUUGCUGAAACAUUCAUGCCGCUUCUAAGGCAGAUGAAGACGGAGGCUAUUGUUAUUUUUGCUCAUAGCUGUAUCUUACUUAAUACAAUGGAGGGCAAUAGGUGGCUACAAGGAUGGGGAGAGUUUCUUAUCUCCAAGGUUUGGACCAAUCUGGAUGAUGAACAGAAAACAUGGAUUCAGUGGCCUAUACAAGAGAUUGGCUGGGUUCCCCCAUAA